CCUCCGCAGCGGGUUCUCAGUUGCUCUCUGGGCAGACCCAGGUCGCGCUCCCGCUGCCAAGCCCGCGAGAUGCUGCCCAAAGCUGCCUGGAGCUUGUUGCUGAGGAAAGGUGGACGCGGAAGACGAGGGAUGCACAGCUCAGAAGGCACCGCCCGUGGUGGGGGGAAGACGCCCCCCUACACCAACUGCUAUGCCCAGCGCCACUACCCCAUGCCAGAAGAGCCCUUCUGCACAGAACUCAACGCUGAGCAGCAGGCCCUGAAGGAGAAGGAGAAGGGAAGCUGGACCCUGCUGACCCACGCCGAAAAGGUGGCCCUGUACCGGCUCCAGUUCAAUGAGACCUUUGCGGAGAUGAACCGUCGCUCCAAUGAGUGGAAGACAGUGAUGGGUUAUGUCUUCUUCUUCUUUGGAUUCGCAGCUCUGGUGAUUUGGUGGCAGCGGGUCUACAUGUUUCCUCCAAAGCCCAUCACCUUGACAGACGAAUGGAAAGCCAAGCAGCUGCAGCGCAUGCUGGACAUGAAGGUCAAUCCUGUGCAGGGCCUGGCCUCCCGCUGGGACUAUGAGAAGAAGCAGUGGAAGAAGUGACUUGCAUCCCCAGCUGUCUCCCUGUGGCUCCACCUUGGCUGGGAGCCUCUGCCGGCCCCUCCCCUCCCCUGCCCUUAACCCCAAUAAAGCU